AUGGCACUCGUGCGAGGAUACCCAGGCCAGACCAUUGCUUCCAAUGUGUUCUUGGACAAGCAAUCGGAUAUCGUUGUUUCAACCGAGACCGUGGAGAACGACGAACUUGACCAUGAUGACAAGGACAACUACUUGAUCGUCUCGCCAUAUACUGAAAAGGAGCACCUGCUUGACUUGAGAACUCUGGAUAAGGAAAACGCGCUCUUGGCAAAAGCACUUGUCAAAUUCAGGAGCCUACGUCCGGACUACGCCACGGCACCCUACACCGAGACGUUCAACUGGGACCAAGUCAUGGAGGAAUUGACGCGAUUGGUCCGUGAGGAAGGCCACGUGUGGAAGGAGACGUCGUUUUAUAUCGUCGCUUUCCGGUCGCAAAUCCCCCCAACAACAGUAUACGCAGAGCUGGGUGUCCUGGACAAGGCAGCGCAUGCUGAGGCGACAGCCAGUGGUGGGUUUCUCAAGUACUGGUUCGGAACACCUGAUCAGGAGGGGAGGAACUUGGCCACAUGCGUGUGGCGGUCUCAGCAGGAUGCCAGGCAAGGAGGAGUUGGGCCAGCACAUCGCAAAGCUGCAGGAGCUGCGCGUCAUUUGUACAGCGAAUGGCGUAUUGACAGACACCGACUUAUUAUCCGGGACGACCUGGUGAGCUGGCAAAUUGUUGACUGGGCCGAUUGA